AUGGACGUAUCCGACAUUCUUGCCUCACAGGCCGCAAAACACCAGGCAGUCACUGUCGAAAAAGACAUCCCUCUCGAGGUCGAUGCAGGCUACCUCACCGUCACAGAUCUGAACCCAACAGAUCCCGAACUCUAUUCCGAAGACGUAGAAGCCUACCUGCAAGCCACCGCCCGCGACGGCGUCCAAGUCCUCCUCGCCUCCCUCUUCUCCCUCCCCACCCUCCCCUCCCCCACCGGCGACGGUCCCCUCGCCCAACUCCCACCCCCUUCAACCCAACUCCCCCGCUCGAAACCCCUCCCUAAACCGAAACCGCCGACCAAAUGGGAACAAUUCGCGCGUGCGAAGGGGAUCGGGAAUAAUAAGGGCAGGAGGGACAGGAAGGAGUGGGACGAGGAAAAACAGGACUGGGUUAAUCGGUGGGGAUGGAAAGGAAAGAAUAAGGAGCUCGAGACACAGUGGGCUGUUGAGGUUCCUGCUAAUGCUCCGGCCGACUUCGACCCGUCAAAGGAUGCACGCGACGCACGCAAAGCCCGCGUCGCCAAAAACGACAAACAAAAGCUGGGAAACCUCGCCCGCGCACAAGGCGCCAACAAGUCCGAGCGCGACGAACGCAAGCAGGACAUCGACCGGACGCUCGCGACGACACGGACGGCGACGGCCAGCAUGGGUAAGUUCGAUAAGAAGCUCGAUGGGGAGAAGAAACUCAAGGGUGUCAAGCGGAAGUUCGAGCCCGCAGAAGCUUCGGUCGCGGAGGAGAAGAAGGCCAAUCUGGCACUUCUCUCCAAGCUCGGUUCGGGCGGUGAUUCGUCGUCGAAGAAGGCGAGGAGAGAUGGUGGUGGUGAUGAUGGAGGAGAGGUGCUCAAUGUACGGAAAGCGGUGCGGUUCGCAUCGAAGGGUGAGGGUGGUGUGGCCAUGGGACGUAAGGCUGCUGGUGGCGGUCGUGGUGGGAGCAGUGGCAGGGGUGGUAGCAGUAGCAGGGGUGGUAGUAGUAGCAGAGGUGGCAGCAGUAGCAGGGGUGGCUCGAGGGGCAAGGGAAGGGGAAGACGGUAGUACGUCGUCCAAUUCUUUUCUCGCCUUUGGUAUGUUCGUCUGUGGUCGCGUUCUUUCAGCGUAUGGCCGAGGAGAUGGGGAUGUCGAGAUCUUGUGUUUCAUCGGGGCCGCAGAUACAGUAGGGUCUGACCUGAUGCAAUGCUAUCAUCCCUGUUUGUGAACUUGCC